ACCUGUGAAGAUAUCGGAGGGGUUUUCCACCAAAAAAAAAGUGGUAUUAAGCAGCAACAUCUAGAUAAACAUUAGCAAAGAUGGAAACCACCAAAGAAGCAGGUUUAAACGAGAAAAUAAUAUCUUUUGUUAUAAAAGCAUUGACAACAAGGUGGAGGACGCUUCGUGAUCGGUAUGCAAAGGAGCGUCGAGAGAUAGAAGUUUCGCAAAGAUCAGGAGCAGAGCCUACGGAUUAUACUCCUUGGGAAUAUUCGGACCAGAUGGAUUUUUUGAAGGACCAUGUUAGUCGGAGAGCAACUACCAGCAAUUACGAUACCGGCACAAAGGAGCUGGCGAACAUGGUAGAAGAAUACCUAGAGGUAGAAGAAGGUACACCAGAACCACCGCGAAGCUCGAUGUCCAAGAAACGCAAGGCGGAUGUUCUGGAUGAUAAAAUGUCUGCGGUCUUAGACCGUUUUAUGGACGAACAAACUCAACUGCGGCAUACUCAUUUCGCGCAGCUGGUGAAUGCAAAGCUAUCAGCCAUGCCGAUCGAUAAGGCUAAUCGUUUGGAAGCCGCUAUUCUAAACAUCUUAUAUACAGUUGAAGAAGACUAAAGCUUGCUAUCUAUCCAACAUAUUGCCCUUAUAAGGGCGUAUGACAAAUAUUUGUCACUGCAAAUAAUUAUUUGAAACCAAGCUUUCAUUUUUUUUAAACAGAAAUACCUAGAGAAAAAAUGCUAAUUUUUUAUUUCUUGUCAACAAAACUAGAAUAAGAUACCAAGUUUUUAUUUAAAAAAUAACUAUAAAAGAAGAUGCUUGAAUUUAAUACUUGUUGUAGGGUAAGUGUACAGGUAUCGGUCAUGGCUAAUAAUUUGGACAACUUUGCGAAUGAAUCUCUAAACAAAGGACUCUUUGAGAGGCUAUAAAUAAACGGUUAUUUUCGAUAAAUAUUUGAAAGACCCAAGUGCCAAAUAAGGCACUAAAGUGGCCAAAGCGGGAACAGUUUCCCUAGUAUAUUUUUAUCCUGAAUGAAGAAACAUAUAUCUGAAAAAUGAAAAUUAUUUUUGCAUUACCGUAGAAUUAAUUUAUUCAGACUAAGGCCAGAGAGAAGUUAGGUCAGUUAGAGAGAAGUAAGGCCAGUACAUAUAAGUUAUCCUCUCUACUUUAUAUUUGGCCAACCAAUUUUUUUUUCAGAUAUUUCCG